AUGAUCACUACUUCUUCCGUCACCGCAGAUUCCCCCGACCUCUCUUCUCUUUCCCUGCCCCCCCAGGAUGCCAGUGAACUGUCGUCCUCUUUGGCGCGGAAGGCUGCCUCCGAAUCCUCUGAACUCCCUGUAAACUACUCGACCAACUCCCUCGUGCGCCUGACCAACGACCACGAAGAAAUGUAUCAAGUCUCGUUGCCUCCUGUCAACGGCGCCGACCGGAAAGAGAAAGAAUUGCCCCGAUUACAAGCCAGUGGACAGUGGGAGAAUGGCGAUCUCUACGAUCCUGUCAUAGAGGACGACCCUGCUUCGUUCAAUCUCGUGUCCCCUCCGCCAGCAGGACAAGGAGAGGUCUUGUCGUUAGAACAGCAAACCCAAGCUCUAUUCUCCAAGGGACAUUUACAAGUCAUCUUCGCAGAUCCAGGAUUCCUUCUUAAAUUCACGUCUUUCCUCGGCAUCCAUCGACCACAAUCCGUACCCAUUCUUGUCCACUACCUCGACUCCCUCAAAUCCCUCCGAGCUAUUCACUAUGCGAACGCCAUCUGCGAAGGGCUGGACCCCGUGGAAGGAUUGGAAUUCACACAAAAGCCCGUUAAACCCACAAUUAAUGUUGCAUUGGAAGAUAGGGCGCGCAAAGCUUUUGAUGUUUUGGUUACGGAAGAAUUGCCCGCUUUUAUUACGCAUCAGUAUAUUCAGAUCGUUAGUGUUAGCGUCGCGGCCAGAGUGACGGGAUCUCUAUCGCCGCAAUUGCGAGAAGCUUCAGAUGGGUUGGCCGAGGUAUUUUGCUUGACAGAUCCAUCCAGGCCUGAUAACCCCAUCGUUUUUGCUUCGGAAGAAUUCAACCGCACGACGCAAUAUGGCAUGUCAUACAUUCUUGGUCGAAAUUGCAGGUUUUUGCAAGGACCAAUGACAAAUCCUCACAGUGUACGGAGAAUUCGAGAUUCAAUCAAGGCUGGCAGGCAACACCAGGAAGUUUUCUUGAACUAUCGACGAGAUGGUUCACCGUUUGUUAAUUUGCUCAUGAUCGCGCCUCUGUGCGACAGCCGGGGUAUUGUUCGAUAUCAUAUUGGCGCACAGGUUGAUGUUAGCGGUCUGGUCAAGGACUGCUCAGAAAUGGAAUCUCUUCGACGGUUGCUCGACCUCCGCGCCCGUGGCGAAGACCCACCACUUCCUGAAAAACCGUCUCCGGAAAAGAAUGAUGAAUUACAGGAGCUGAGUGAAAUGCUCAACCAGGGCGAGCUGAACACGAUUCGCCGACACGGUGGGAAGAUGCAUCAAGAGGUGGUCGAAGAAGAUGUCGAAAGUGUUGGUUCCCACCCACCACGACUCUUAUUGAAAGACCCGGAUACCUUAACGCCGCCCAUUGGGAGCAUCAAUGGAAGGCUGAGUGGUGUCUAUCAACAUUAUCUUCUCGUGAGACCUUAUCCUUCCCUACGGAUUCUCUUCGCCAGUCCCUCGCAAAGACUACCCGGCAUUCUGCAAUCGCCAUUCUUAAACAAGAUUGGUGGUUCGAACCGCGUGCGGGAGGAACUAACCGCUGCAUUUUCGGAAGGCAGAGGGGUCACAGCCAAAGUACGGUGGAUCAGUAAAGGUGAUGAUCAGGGAAAAAAUAAAUGGAUUCAUUGUACCCCUUUGAUCGGCAACCAGGGCCAGAUUGGAGUUUGGAUGGUAGUAAUUGUGGACGAUGAAAGGAACUCUGAAAGAUGGCCCCCGGGGGCCGGAAGGCUGCCCCCAACUGUGGCUGCGCCCGAGAGAAGUUGGGCUCCGGCGAAUGGUCACCAGAGACCCGGAUCGAGUCAAGCCGGGUCUGCUGACAUCAAUCAUGGUACCAGCGAACGAAAUGGAGGAGGAAGCAUUCCCAGUGGGAGUGGCAGCGUGAUGAGCUUCAGAAUAAGAUGA